AAAUCCACUCCGGGACCCAAAAAAAGUGCUCUGCAUCCCACCCCCGAGCUUCCUCUGUCUAGCGUUCAUUCACCAUGAAGUGCAUUUAGCUGAAGGAGGCUCUCCGUACCCAGUGUACCCCCCUGCAUGCCUGCAAACCUUCUAAUGAAACCCCCACAAACUUUUUGACAAAUAUCUCACUUCAAGGGAUCAAGAGCUUUCUCCAACAAACUGAUCAGCGUUUUUACUGAGAAGAAAACUUCAGAACAUGGAGCCAGCUUUCACGGAUGGAGGAGCUGACGAGAAAGCCCUAAAAAAUCUUCCGACCAAAGUGAUACUCAAACAUGGGCAGGAGCUGGAGGAAGAGCAGGAUCAGCUGGCCGAGCAUCAGCCUCUCGAGCAGGAAGACCUGAACUUUGAGAGAUGGAAGCGCAGGCCGCUCCCCAAGAGGACCCUCCACCAGAAAAUAGAUGACUUGAAGAAAUACCUGUGGAAUGCGGAGACCAACGAAUUCAUGGGGCGCUCUGGCAAGAGCUGGAGUCUCAUCCUGCUAUUCUACACUGCACUUUAUGUGUUUCUAGCAGCCAUGUUUGGGGGUUGUUUGUUUUGCCUCAUGUGGUCCAUUAGUCCCUAUCAUCCCACCUAUAAUGAUAGAGUGAUGCCACCAGGUAUGACAAUGGCCCCACACCUGGAAGGCCAUGAUAUUGCUUUCAAUGCAUCUGACCGUAAAUCCUGGAAGAAGUAUGCCAGGUCUAUGGAUGAGUAUCUACGACCGUAUAAUGACGGUGCCCAGGAUAGGAAGAAUAUUCGGUGCACACAUGACGCGUACUUCAUGCAAGAUGACCUGGAGGAGAGUGCAGAGCGGAAAGCAUGCCAGUUUAAGCGUUCCUGGUUGGGGGACUGUUCAGGGAUGCAUGACCCCCACUACGGCUAUUCUCAGGGAAGGCCAUGCAUCCUGCUUCGAAUGAAUCGGAUCCUUGGUUACUUGCCUGGCCAGGGAAAACCAAUUAAUGUAACCUGUAGCGUUAAGAAAGGACCGCCAGAGGCCUUAGGAGAAAUUCAGUUUUUCCCCAAAAGCAUUUUUGACAUGAAGUAUUAUCCUUACUAUGGGAAGCUCAGACACGUGAACUACUCCUCUCCAGUGGUGGCGGUGCGUUUUGCGGGAGUGCAGUACGACACUCACAUCCACGUGCAAUGCAAACUGAACGGCAAAGGAAUCAUUAAUGAUUCACCCACAGAUCGCUACCUGGGCAGCGUGACCUUCUCUUUGGAGGUUGGGGCGUGAAGGGUGGGCGCUCCUAUUAUGAGAUAAGAAAAUAUGUAUAAGAAGAGUUAUUUUAAACCUUAUUUUUCUGGAACUGUUACUUCCCUCUCCUCAUCUUUCUCCUAAAUAUCCGUGUUUUCUGCUGUGAGACAAAAUCCUCGAGUAGAUUUUUUCUGGGUGUUGUUUCAUCUUGAACUUUGACCAGCUGUUGGCGUCAAAACAAACAGUGCUGAGCACAAGACAAAUAGUGGAUAUUACAAUUCUGUUCCUGAUAUACAGUAUAUAUAUAUUUUAAUGAUUAGCAAGAUUAAUCAAACUAAAUUAUGUUUCACCCACUAGUUAGAAAUUCUGGCUAUGCAAUUCCAAUUAAAACAAAUAGGAAAUUUGAGGUGUCACCAGGUUAGAUUUUAGUUUUGCUUGGACAUUUUUGUGUGACAAAGUACUAAUUUGUUUUGAAUGAUAUUUUCAAACAUGUAUGUUGUAAGAUUUCAACGAAGUAUCAUGUAAACACUGAAAAUAAGACUUGUGCUGUACUUAUACAGUAAAAAAAAUGCAAUAAUAAAUGAAAAUACGUGAUUACCA